UCCGCGACAUCGCGCGAGUUCCGACCCCCCUGCUCCGAUUCACCUCGUCGGCCAACGGCCAUGCUACAUUACAGUUACAGUUAUAGCACGCCGCAGCCCUCCCCGCCGAUGUCACCGCUCGUAGCCCCGGCGACGCCCCGUACCCCGGGCGCGCCGGCCUCAGACGCGUCGCCGCUGCCCACGAUCACGCUCACGGCGCCGCCGUCCAACAAGCGGAGGCGCCGCGGCGGGGCCGCGCGCUCCUCCCUGCGCGCCAUCCGCGCCGUGCGCGCGCUGUUCCGGUCCCUCCCGAUCCUCGCGCCGGCGUGCCGCUUCCCGGGCGUCAUCCCGCGGCACGGCGGCGGCGGCGGCGGGCCGAGGGGACACGGUGGCCACAUCGGCGGCGCGUGCCGUACGACGGGGACGCUGUUCGGGCACCGCAGGGCGCGGGUGACGCUGGCGGUGCAGGAGACGCCCGGGAGCGUGCCCGUGCUGCUGCUGGAGCUCGCCAUGCAGACCGGGAGGUUCAUGCAGGAGAUGGGCGCCGAGCACCUGCGCGUCGCGCUCGAGUGCGAGAAGAAGCCGCCGCCAGGCGCCGGACGCACCAGGCUGCUCCACGAGCCGCUGUGGACGGCCUACGUCAACGGCCGCAAGAUUGGGUACGCCGUGCGCCGGGAGCCCACGGAGGACGACCUCACGGUCCUGCAGCUCCUGCGCACGGUGUCGGCGGGCGCCGGCGUGCUGCCGGCCGACGCCGUAGGCGCCCCCGAGGGGCAGGACGCCGGCGACCUGGCGUACAUGCGCGCGCACUUCGAUCGCGUCGUGGGGUCCAGGGAUUCCGAGUCCUUCUACAUGCUCAACCCUGACGGCAACCACGGGCCGGAGCUUAGCAUCUUCUUCAUCAGGAUAUGACAAUUGUGACACUGGCUUUUACAUUUUGGAGUUCCUAUGGUUGAGAUUAGUGAGCACAAGAUAGUUUUAUAUACUCCUAUAAUAUAAGCAGGUAAAUUUGCUCCACGGGCCGCUCGAUGCUCUGUUUCUUUGCGUCUGAAACCAAAUACUCCAGUGCUGUGUUGACCUACCUAUUAAAGUCAAAUCAAUUCUGCUCGAAAACAGAAAAUGUUCA